GAGGGAGUGGGCUGUGCGCCCGGGGCCGGCGCCGCCUCCCGCUGCCGGGACUGGCGCCGCUGUGGGGGUGAGUGCGUUGCUCGGCCCGGCUCACUUUAUCCUCCUUCUUUCCGUCAGCAUUGCCAGCGUUGGUGGAAAACCGAGCUUUGCAAAAUGAACAAAGAUGCCCAGAUGAGAGCCACCAUUAACCAAAAGCUGAUAGAAACGGGAGAGCGAGAGCGCCUUAAAGAUUUGCUGAGAGCCAAGUUAAUUGAGUGUGGCUGGAAGGAUCAGUUGAAGGCACAUUGCAAAGAUGUCAUUAAAGAAAAAGGAUUAGAGCAUGUUACGGUUGAUGAUUUGGUGGCAGAAAUCACUCCCAAAGGUAGAGCCUUGGUACCAGACAGUGUGAAGAAAGAACUCUUACAGAGAAUAAGAACGUUCCUCGCCCAGCAUGCCAAUCUUUAACUUCAGUGGUUGUCUUGGAUACAGCAUUUCUGUUUCUGCAUUAUGUCAUUCAUGUCAGGAUUGGAAUGCAGUUUCCAUGCUUAAGGAUUGAAAUUCCUUUUUUGUUUUUUUUUUUUUCAUAAGAUGAGUUGAAAUUUCGUUGCACUGCAUCAAUUUCUGGUGUUAUUUUAAUAAAAAAUUAUGUGGACUUGUG